AUGGCUUCUCUGGGGACAUUUUCUUUCGAUUUGGUGCGAAAUGCUACAAUCUCCUUUGGAGAAUGGUAUGCUGUUCAUGAUGCUAUAAAUAAGAAUGAGCCAACUAUAUGGAACUUCUUUGCGUCACCACUGUUUCGGAUCUUGAUUGUUCAGGUGCUGAUUGUCAAUAGAUGUGCUGCUAUAGUGUCGCCCAGGAACCCUCAAAGGACGUGGAAUACCUAUGCCGCUAGUGUGAUAUUGAGAACACCGCUUGUCAUAUAUGGAGCCUGGACGGGAAUAUCACUAUGGAACAUUAUAGUCAAUCCAGAAGAAACACAUAGGACGAUUGAAGAUGUCCUUUUCUCUCUGUUUCUUUUUCAGAGCUGCACAUAUAUCGUUGAUGUCUUUCUUAAUUGCCUCGAACUUGGUCCGAUGCUCGCUCAAGAGCUCCACGGAGACUCUCCAAAUCUAUUCGAAUGGGCGGUGACAUGGCACUUCAACCAUUACGGUAGAAUAGGGUAUCGUCCUGGUGAAUCGCCAUCUCCAACACCAUCCACGACCGAUCCAACGCAAUCGCCUGAUCCUAUAUUACAGGCAGUCAACAAAACAACUACAAUAACGCCAUCUCAGACUAUAUUUGGAACGCAUCUACCGCCUAUAUUAGCCAUAGCAGCAUUGCAAUGUCUCCAGCUGUGGACAUUGAAUGUACUAGCCUUGUUUGGCUUACAGCAUCUAAGAUUAAUACCAACCACAACAUUCUCGUUUCUGUCUAUGGCGCACUUCUUGUGGUGCUUUGCUACGAAUCAGGCUUCCGUAUAUCCGGUCUUACAAUGGAUGGCCAAGAUACCAGAAUUAUCCAUAAUGACCAUAGUCGUAGUAGUAUCGACGUUACAUGGUGCAGCUUUGCUUAUAACAGGUGGUGCCGUCAGAACACGACGUAUAUUCAACCUUUCCAUUUCUCUCGCGGAGGACUUUAAUCUAGUCUUGUAUAAAAUCGGAACUGCUUGUUUAGAAGCCACUCAAAAUAUGGGUCUGAUGCGUGAAUUGGAUCCUAUCGUGAUUCCAUCGGACAUGUCGGCACCAGUCUUAGAUUCCAAUAAUAUGAUGAAUGAUGUGUCUGGAUUUGCUAUGAACGACAGUAGUCGGCCACUCACGACUGAUGAUGAUGAUGACUUGGACAUGGCAGGCCAAUACCCUCGUCAACGAGGUAUAUUACGGUUGUGGGUCACAUUCUUCAAGACUGUAGUGUAUCUGAUAGCUAGAGCGGUCAAGUUUGUAAGAAACUUUAGGCAGGCUGAAGCUGCAGAUGGUACUUCUAGUCAAUGCAAUGAAGUCACACGAGGAGCUGAGUGGAAUGAACUGGUAGAGGAUCCAGAUUAUUUACCUAGUGAAUCUGAAUCGUCCAGUGAUGACGAUGAUGAAAAUAUCGAGGAUGGCGAAAUUGUAGAAGAAUCUGGAGAUGCUGGCACUAGUAUUCAUAAUAUCGCGAUGACGAUGCCACCAGAAAACGAUGAAGAAGAAGACCUGUAUCGUGAAAUAUUUGAAUUGGCCAAUGAUCUCCAUCAACCAAUGACACCAGAACCAAACAAUACUAGCAACAACAAUAUAAAUAGCAGUAGUAGCAGUUUGAUGUCGCUAAUACCAUGGCCUUUAUCAUCCUUGGUUGGAUCAUCACCAUCGUCACCAAAUGCCAUAUCGCUAUUAGCACACUUAAUGCAAGAACCACCUAUCAUGACUCGGUCAGCACGACAUCGGUGGGAAGAAAAUGCUGUUGGAAUGCUUCCUUCAUCACCUAGACUUGGUGGUAGUAGCAGUAGCAAUCGUAGUAGUGGUGCUACGGAAUGGGCGGCCUUGCUGGACUUGGUGAAGGCUCGUCGAGACUCUGGGCCUGGUUCAAGUCAACAACAGCAGCAAUCGGAUGCCAUAUCGCAAACCUUUUCAACACGGCUUUGUGUUGGGAUUGUCCUUGUUGUCGUCGUCGUGUCGCAGGGUACUCCAGGAUCUUUCAGCCGUGAAGGUAUCAUAAAUUAA